GUUGAUGUGACUGAAAACGUAAAGGUUUGCAGGUUUGUGGCGUUUGGAGGCAGUGGCCGCAUUUCCAACAGAAUUGAAAGCAGCAUUGCGAUGGGCUGAGGAGGUGCGUCUGACUGGGCAAGGACACUCAGGGUUGGAGUGACAUUUGUGUUUGUGAGGUAGAGGGCCUCCUGGAGUACCUGGGAAUCUUCCACUCUUUGCGCUGCCAUCUGUGCUGUGGGUGAUGGUCUUCUGGUGACCAGCGUUGCCCUGACCCCCUAUGGUGAAUGGCUGUGAGCAGAGGAGGCGUGGCCUUCUGGGUGGGUUGUGUCCGCAGCCACGGGAGAGGACAGCUGCUCCAAAAAUGGAGCGGGAGUUUCAGACAGGUGGUGGAUUGCCAGUGGAUCUGUCAGACCCGCCCCCUGAGCAGUGCAGCAUGGGCCCUAGCCCCCCCCAACACCCUGAGAUAUCAGAACUUUAAGCAGCCGGUGCUGUCUAACCCGCUGCAUCAUGCCAGCCAGCCUCAAAGACUAAGAUACUGGGAGGAGGACUGGGAGGAGGCUCUCAGUCUGUGUGUGCUGGUGCGACAGGGUGAGUCCGAUGACCUCCACACCCUGCUGGAGAUCCCUGUGUUUGGUCACAAUAAAAUAGGAAAGCCCCUCACGUCUUCAGAGUUCUCCUUCCCGCUGACCACAGUGGAUGGCAGGAGAGAGGAUGACAUCAACAUAGAGACCUUCCAGAGUAACGGCACUGAUGCUGUAAGGAGAGAACACGGCUGCUUCAGGAGCCUGUUUGAGACUGAGGGAUGUCCUGCACCAUUCAUAUCUGGCUCUAGGUUUUACUGCUUUCAUUACCCGGGCACACAUUUAGUGCCUGGGAGCGUGCUUAAGUCCAGCCAGGACAGUGGGCUUGACAGGAAGCUGAUGGAGCUGCCUCUGGGUCCCUCUGUCUCGCUGUGUAGCCACACAAGCAGAGCAGAGGGGGAGCACACUGAGAGAGACAGUGAAGGAGAGGAGAAACUGGCCAUGAUGUAUGAAAGACUGAGGAUAGAGCUUCCAAGUUUCUUUAUGACAAACCAUGACUACACCAUGUACUCAAACGACGUGGAAUUCAUCAAUGGUCUUCUAAAUAUCAAGACCAGAGGCCGUAUGAUGUACCGGCUCACGCUCUUGCUUUGGCGCCUCCUGUGUCUGUGUUACUAUGCUGAGGCUCGCCUGGAUGUGCUGAAGCUUACCAAACAUAUGGAGGACGGGACCAUCAAGGCUCGCUGGAGGAUCAGAGGUCUUCCUUUUCAUUCUGUGCUGCUGUGCUUCUAUCGCAAAGACAAAUCGCACCUGUACAGGUCAUAUGAUGCAUUCUCGACCUUCUACAUUGGACAUGAUGGACUCAUUCACUGUCACAAAGUUGAGAAGGUCAUGCCGGCUCAUCCCCCUGCCCUGCCCAGAGUAACUUCCCUCCUAGCAGGAGCUCUGGUGGCACUGGGAGUGCAGGAGCAUCGACCUGCUCUCAAUUUGUUGCCUCUCCUUCUGUCAUCACUGCGACAAAGCAGAAACUGACCCAGGACAAGCAUCAGUGGAAAACUCCCAGUACAGGGGAAGAAAAAAGACCAUCCAAAACAAAACAAGUGUCUCUGAAUUUCAUGUGAAAAGCUUCAUUCAUCUUUACAUAGAAAGACAUGAAAAUGGAAAUUUCUGUUCAAAAAUAUUGUUGCCCUUGAAUUAAAAGCAAGGUUUCUACUGCUUCUCUUUUUUUCUAAUGCUGUAACACUGAAUUGGGUUUUCAGUUCUGAGUCUUUCAAGAAAAAUCAGUCCGUGCCUCCCACCUGACCCCCACCCUCUCUGCUGACCUUUUUUUUUUUUUUUCUAAAGUACAAUCAGGAUAUUUGAUGAAGGCAUGCAAAAGUUUACCUUCAUACCAUGAACAGAGUUCAAGUUUUAGCUCUUCAAAGUACAUAGAGGUUAGUCAAGUUCUGAAGGGCAGUGUCAUGUGUCCAAACUAUUAUUUAAAACAUAACAUUGCAUCUACACACACACACACACACACACAGUGGGGGGAAUCAUUUUUUGAUCCCCUGCAGUAUUUGCAAGUUUGCUCACUUAAAAAGAAAUGAAGAGUCUAAUUUUAAUGUAGGGAGGGAGAACAUGGCUUGCGUGGUGAGUUCAGACUGCUUUGUGGGAGGCAGGCAAACACGUUCAGGACCAGAGGAUUUAUUACAAGGUGUAAACACCUGACUACUGUUAGAAUCUGAAACAAGAGACUACAAAACAAAAAUAAACCAGAUGAGGAAAAAUAAACCUGUCAGAAUCGUGACGGGGGGGCUGAUAAGCCAUAAUACCAGUUCAUGUCCGAGAUGGACGGUGUGUGGAGCUGACAGAGAUAUUUGCUCAUGUCAGUGACUUAAAGCAGUCAGGAAGUAGAGCCGGUCAUCAUGGUCCAGUCUUUAGUUCCUCCAGUCUAGCAUCCUCAUCCAAAUUGUAUCAAUCAGAGUGGGAGUGUGACACUUAGGCAUAAAAUAAAGGUCUGUAUGAGUGGGUGAAUGAGGCUUGUUUUUAGUACUCAGUAGAAAAAUAUUAAUCCAGUUAUUAAAGUUAAUUUCAGAUUGCUUAAGAUUCCUGUGGUGCCUGUGAUUUGAGUCUGAUCCAUGCUGGUCUUUUGAUCCCCUGAGUGCUUAAUCAGCUUGAGGUGGUACACAUACUGAGUGGGAGCUGUGGGGCUUCAGUCUGUGUGUGGAUUGUGAAAGCUGCUGAGAAUCACUCACUUUUAACAACCACUGUAAACAAUGAGACGAAUAUAAUAAUCAAAUCAAUUUUUACUGCAUGUUGAAGCACCAGAGCCCUUUGGUGUUAACAGUCAGAGAAACACUGGAUGUCCAUUCAUAUCCAAUAAAGCUGAACA